CUCCCUCUUUCUGUGUGUUUGCGUUUGACAAAGAAAUUAUUUGAACUUCCCACUGCCUCAUAAAAAGGAAACAGAAUAGCAGUUUUGACAUAUGGAUGUGAUUUUUCUGCUCUGAGACAGAUGCACGCGGAAAACAAACAGCACCAGGGGCUGCAGCUCUGAGGGAGCGAAGUUGCUCCUCCGCUUCACAUGGGUUCCUUCACUGCGUUUAAGGAGCUGCCCAGAUCUCCAGCCAUGAGAAAGCGAAGCAAAGGACCGGGGUUUCUUGUCAUGUGCCUUUCUGGCUAAAACUGUGGAAACAAACAAUCAAACAAACACAAAUUCUGGAGGGGAGGGGGGGACGGGAGGGAAGGAGAAGGAGAAAUCAUCUGCAACUGGAGAGCUGGAAGACCUCUCGUCCUCCUACUUCCCUGAGAGAUCUUGGAUGCUGGAAGAAGCCUCUUGGAUAUGGGAUCAUAUCUGGUUUAUCACAGUCUGGGUUUGAUCCUCUGCUGCUCCGUACUGAGUUCCGUCUAUGCUCUGGUGAGUCUGGGGAGUGAGGUGAUCUACCCCUGGCUUGUGUCUGGCAGGAGAUCUGUCUCUCUUUCUAGAAUGGCUGCAGAAUGGAUGUCAGGAGACACAGCAUUGCUCUGCCAGGUGGAUGCUGAUGAUGUCAUCACCAAAGAGGAGCAGAUCUUCCUACUCCUAAAAGCCAAGGCCAAGUGUGAACGACAUCUGAAAGCCAAGGUGCCCAAGGUGCAUGAUGGCUUUUGUCUUCCUGAGUGGGAUGGCAUUGUCUGUUGGCCUGAAGGUGUGCCAGGCAAAGUGGUGGCUAUGCCAUGUCCAGAGUACAUCUAUGACUUCAAUCACAAAGGCCAUGCUUAUCGUCGGUGUGACUUGAAUGGGAGCUGGGAGCUGGUCCCGGGCAACAACCGCACCUGGGCAAACUACAGUGAAUGUGCCAAGUUUCUCACCAAUGAAACGAGGGAAAGGGAGGUCUUUGAUCGCCUCUAUUUGAUUUAUACUGUUGGAUACUCCAUCUCUCUGGGAUCCCUCACAGUUGCUGUCCUUAUCCUGGGAUACUUCAGGCGUUUGCACUGCACUAGAAACUACAUCCACAUGCACCUCUUUGUUUCCUUCAUGCUGAGAGCUGUGAGUAUCUUCGUGAAGGAUGCGGUCUUGUACUCCGGGUCAGCUUUGGAGGAGAUGGAGCGGAUCUCAGAGGAAGACCUGAAGUCCAUUACUGAAGCACCUCCAGCAGACAAGUCACAAUUCGUGGGCUGUAAAGUGGCAGUUACCUUCUUCCUUUACUUCCUGGCAACCAAUUACUACUGGAUUCUAGUGGAAGGGCUCUAUCUCCACAGCCUCAUCUUCAUGGCAUUUUUCUCAGAGAAGAAAUAUCUUUGGGGAUUCACAUUAUUUGGCUGGGGACUCCCUGCUGUAUUUGUUACAGCGUGGGCCAGCGUGAGAGCCACUCUAGCCGACACAGAGUGUUGGGACUUGAGUGCUGGCAAUUUAAAAUGGAUUAUUCAGGUGCCCAUUCUGGCAGCUAUUGUGGUAAAUUUUAUUCUUUUUAUCAAUAUUAUCAGAGUCCUAGCAACCAAGCUACGGGAGACAAAUGCAGGGAGGUGUGAUUCAAGACAACAGUACAGGAAGCUGCUGAAAUCCACCCUCGUCCUUAUGCCUCUGUUUGGCGUUCACUAUAUUGUUUUCAUGGCUAUGCCAUACACAGAUGUGUCAGGGAUUCUUUGGCAAGUUCAAAUGCACUAUGAAAUGCUGUUCAACUCUUUCCAGGGAUUUUUUGUUGCCAUCAUAUACUGUUUUUGCAAUGGAGAGGUCCAAGCAGAAAUAAAGAAGUCAUGGAGCAGAUGGACAUUAGCACUUGACUUUAAAAGGAAAGCACGAAGUGGGAGCACAACCUACAGUUAUGGACCAAUGGUUUCCCACACCAGCAUCACAAAUGUAGCCACGAGAGGGGCACUUGCCCUCCACCUCAAUACGAGACUUAUACCAGGGACCCUCAAUGGACACCGGAAUUUGCCAGGUUAUGUAAAAAAUGGCUCAAUUUCUGAGAACUCCAUGCCUUCUUCUGGACCAGAGCAGUACAACAAAGAUGAGGAGUACCUGAAUGGCUCUGGGCUUUAUGAUGGAGACAGACCUACAGUACUUGUUGAAGAAGAAAGAGAGACAGUGAUGUAA